GGCAAGAUGGCCGACAAAGGUGGUUUGUUGGCAAGGUCCGAGUUUCCACUUUAUGUUGUUAAAUCUUUAGACGAAAGACAUUUUCUUGUAGCUGGCGGUGGUGGGGCUGCAAAGACUGGUAUUGCUAAUGCAAUUGAGGUGUAUGAGGUGGAGCUUCAGGAUGGCAAACUACAAGCGGUCAGUAUCUGUAGACACGACACGGGGUCACAGGCCAUCAUGAACGGCUCCAACGUCUAUGAUGGAAGGAACCAUCAGUUUGCAGCAGGACUUGAUGAUGAAUGUCAUGUUUAUUCACUGAAAUACAAAGUUGUUUCUCCAAAGAAAAAACCUUCAGAAGAUGGAAAUUUACGAAAAAGGAAAGGAGAUACCUCUGAUGAUACUCCAAACAGCACUGGAAAGCAAAUCAUGUUUGAAAUUGACAAAAUCAAAAGUACUAAGACAGAUUUCAAUAAAGACAGCAGCUUUCAAAAGGUUGCCCAGAUCAGUCCAAAACGAAGUCUUAUAGCUACAGGAGGUACUGAUGGUUACCUCAGGGUGUGGAAGUUUCCAGAAUUGGAAAAAUUGUACGAAGUUCAUGGCCACAAAAAUGAUAUAGAUGAUAUUGAUAUUAGUCCACAAGGAGACAAGAUAGUGACAGUGUCCAGAGACCAUUGUGCCUGUGUGUGGAACUCUAAAGAUGGCAGCAAGAUCACCAAUCUCAAGUGGCCUCUACAGGCAGACGAACACAGAUACAGGUGUUGUAGAUAUGGUCUGAUAGAAGGAAAAAAGGACAAAUUUAACCUCUACACCAUCAGUAUACCUAACAAACGAUCUGCGCAGAAACCCCUUCCUUGUUUUUUAACAAUGUGGUGCAGUGAGAAAUUUACACCAAAACGUAUGGUCACUGCUGGAACAGAGGUCCUGUCAUGUCUGGCAGUGAGUGAUGACGGUGUGUACCUGGCGGUAGGAACAAUAUCAGGAAGUGUGGCUGUGUAUAUAUCCUUUAGUCUACAGAAAUUGUAUUAUAAGAAAGAGGCCCACAGUAUAUUUGUGACAGGAGUAGAAUUCAUGCCAAGUUCCGAGGGAACGCGAGAAGUGACAGGAAACCAGGACUUUACCUUAUUAAGUAUAUCGGCUGAUAACACUAUCCGCAUGCAUCAAGUAGCAGCCAGAAACUCCUACAGUGUGCUACUGAUUGUAUUGGGUGCUUUACUGAUUGUAAUCUUGCUGUUCAUGUUGCUCGGUGAGUACGGCAUCUGAGGAAAAAUGAUCUUCGUAUUUAAAACCCCAAGAAAAUCCUUGAAGUCACUGAAGGCCGGCGUAACUAAAGGCAGCUAGUAACCUGUAACCACAGGGCUGUGGAACUCGUGUAGUACUCCUGUAAUUCUGGAGCAUGAUUUGGUGUUGGUUUUAUUACUGGUUGACAUGUUGGUAUAUUUUUUUUAAGAAAAAACCUUUUGAUGUUUAAAGGAAGAAAUUAUAAUGUAACUGGUAUAAUUAUUAUAAUUAGUGCAAUCACUUUUUAAGAAAAUAUGUUUGUUGUGUAAAAGAGAAAAAAAAUUGGUAAUAUUACUGGUAUAUAAUGAUUAAUGCAAUGAAGAUUUAGAAGGGGGGUAAUGUUAUUGAUCUGGUGAUGUUUAACAGUAGGAUACAGGGAGUAAACAGAUGGUGGUUUGUGACCAGUGUCACACAGCCUGUAGGUUACAGGGUGUAGGUAACAGGGAACAUACUGUCUGGUGAUGUUUACCAGUAGGAUACAGGGAGUAAACAGAUGACUGACUGUUGACAAGUGACAUAUACCUGGGUACACAGACUGUUGAUUUGCAGAAAUAUACAAGUGUCCUAAAUAUUACUGGAAUCCAACAUCUACUCCACGGCCGUACAGCAAGGAUCUAGCAAAAGAUGUGCAAUAUGUUUUGUUAAAGGUGGUGUGCUGUUUAAACCCAAGUUUUCAUUCCAUUGUGUUUGACUGAUCUAGGUGAUAUGUAUUGUUGUGAAAUUUAACGUUCUGUCCAUACCAUCUUAAGAUUUUUUGUUACAUUUCUUAAAUAACAUCAGGCCUGAAUAUGUUAAAUGUUUUUAUUGCUUCCUUGAAUGUCCUGAUAGGAUUCAACUGAAAAAUUGAAAAUUAAAAUGACAAAUAAAAAAUUUGAACACUUUGACUGAUGUUAAAAUUACAAAAGGUCGAUAAACAUCAAAUCAGGUGGUUAUUUGUUCUACAAUUUAUUUAGCAAUGAAUAAGAUUAUGUUUUAAAUUUCCAUUUUACAAGCAAUUUGGAUCAGUGUAUAAAACUACAUUGUUUAUGGAAGCUAUGAGACAGGAGGUCAUGAAGCCAUGAAGGGUGUGAAGAUAUUGAUGGUAGUGUAUUUAACAAUGGUUUUUGUCACUACAUUGUUUAUAGAAGCUAUGAGACAGGAGGUCAUGAAGCCAUGAAGGGUGUGAAGAUAUUGAUGGUAGUGUAUUUAACAAUGGUUUUUGUCACUACAUUGUAUAUGGGGUGAAAGAUGUCAUUGAUGUGAUACCAAUGACACAAAAUGUGCUUUAGUUGAAGGUGAAAUGAAUGAUUGUGUAAACUGAGUCAGACAUAUUGUAAUCUAUUAAAAAGGAUACAAUAUAAAAUGGCUAGAAAUACUGUUUUCUGUAUGGUUUAGAAAUAUAGUUUGUUUAAUUUACUCUAUCCCCACUCAUCCCCUCUGCCUUCCCCCACUCCCUAUGUGGCUGUCCAGGGAGUUAGGUCUCCAACCAAGGGAGUUAGUCCACCAUUCCAGGGUGUUAGGUCUCCAACCAAGGGAGUUAGUCCUCCAUUCCAGGGUGUUAGGUCUCCAACCAAGAGAGUAAGUCCUCCAUUCCAGGGUGUUAGGUCUCCAACCAAGGGAGUUGGUCCUACAUUCCAGGGUGUUAGGUCUCCAACCAAGGGAGUUAGUCCUCCAUUCCAGGGUGUAAGGUCUCCAAUCAAGGGAGUUGGUCCUACAUUCCAGGGUGUUAGGGAGUUUGUUUGAGCAAAUUUCCUUCAGCUGUUUCUGUAAUUUAACAGAAAUGACUGCGCCAUUCACAUGUGAGGGCGGAGACUGUAUUCAAUGUUAAAUCCUCAGUCAGUUAGUUUAUCACUUGAGACAUCAGUGCAGACAAUAGCGAGAGCAUAGUUUCCACUUACAAUGUUGCUUUUUUUUUUUAGAUGUUUGAGCAUUUCGUAUCGGUAAGUUGAUGGAUUUCAGGAUUCAUCUUUACCACGAGUAAUAUACCUGGGCUUGGGGAACUAGAAACAUUCUAUAUCCCUGAAGCCUAUGAUUUAAUAUAUAAUAAUGUAUAUAGCUUAUUCUAUUUAUUAGGGAUUUGGGGUAGCAAUAUCUAUGUUGUAAAAUUAGAAUUAAAUUAACAUGAAAAUAUGAACUGUUUGACAUCAUUUUAACAAGUGCUGUAAGAUACAGUAACAAGUUUUGGAUGGUAAUUGCUGAAAGGUAACAUCAUAUUAACAUGUGGGCUUGGUUGAUGAUUCCUGCUUAUGGCGUUACCACACAUUCAGCUUAUUUUAUGUCUAAAGGAUGUUUUUAUAAUAGAUAAACUGAAAAAAUGUACAUGAUCUGUACUCCUUUUUCCGAUGAAAACAUAUAUUUCUUAUUGAAAAAGGUUAAGAUAGCAGGGGGACAGGAUUACCUGGGUAGCUGAUUGGUUAGGGGAUGGUUUAGAUAGCAGGGUUACUGGAUUACCUGAGUAGCUGAUUGGUUAGGGGAUGGUUUAGAUAGCAGGGGGACUGGAUUCCCUGGGUAGCUGAUUGGUUAGGGGGUGGUUUAGAUAGUAGGGGGACUGGAUUGCCUUGGUAGCUGAUUGGUUAGGGGGUGGUUUAGAUAGUAGGGGGACUGGAUUACCUUGGUAGCUGAUUGGUAAGGGGGUGGUUUAGAUAGUAGGGGGACUGGAUUACCUGGGUAGCUGAUUGGUUAGGGGGUGGUUUAGAUAGUAGGGGGACUGGAUUACCUGGGUAGCUGAUUGGUUAGGGGAUGGUUUAGAUAGUAGGGGGACCGGAUUACCUUGGUAGCUGAUUGGUAAGGGGGUGGUUUAGAUAGUAGGGGGACUGGAUUACCUUGGUAGCUGAUUGGUUAGGGGGUGGUUUAGAUAGUAGGGGGACUGGAUUACCUGGGUAGCUGAUUGGUUAGGGGAUGGUUUAGAUAGUAGGGGGACUGGAUUACCUGGGUAGCUGAUUGGUUAGGGGAUGGUUUAGAUAGUAGGGGGACUGGAUUACCUGGGUAGCUGAUUGGUUAGGGGAUGGUUUAGAUAGUAGGGGGACUGGAUUACCUGGGUAGCUGAUUGGUUAGGGGAUGGUUUAGAUAGUAGGGGGACUGGAUUACCUGGGUAGCUGAUUGGUUAGGGGAUGGUUUAGAUAGUAGGGGGACUGGAUUACCUGGGUAGCUGAUUGGUUAGGGGAUGGUUUAGAUAGUAGGGGGACUGGAUUACCUGGGUAGCUGAUUGGUUAGGGGAUGGUUUAGAUAGUAGGGGGACUGGAUUACCUGGGUAGCUGAUUGGUUAGGGGAUGGUUUAGAUAGUAGGGGGACUGGAUUACCUGGGUAGCUGAUUGGUUAGGGGAUGGUUUAGAUAGUAGGGGGACUGGAUUACCUGGGUAGCUGAUUGGUUAGGGGAUGGUUUAGAUAGUAGGGGGACUGGAUUACCUGGGUAGCUGAUUGGUUAGGGGAUGGUUUAGAUAGUAGGGGGACUGGAUUACCUGGGUAGCUGAUUGGUUAGGGGAUGGUUUAGAUAGUAGGGGGACUGGAUUACCUGGGUAGCUGAUUGGUUAGGGGAUGGUUUAGAUAGUAGGGGGACUGGAUUACAUGGGUAGCUGAUUGGUUAGGGGAUGGUUUAGAUAGUAGGGGGACUGGAUUACCUGGGUAGCUGAUUGGUUAGGGGAUGUUCACAUUGAUAAUUAAUCCUAUUCGUGGGUGCUACGAACCAGGAUAUAUGUAAACCAUAAAUACUCUACAGGGUCCUUUUAUCUUCACAAAUCAUGCCGUAAUUAUAUGAAAGCGCACUUAUUAAUCUAAAUAAUACAUGUAGAACUAGAUAUGUAGAUUAAUCAUUGCAUUUUGGUAUAUCGGUAACGUUUAUCUUACACACUUGUUUUAAAUUAUAUACUAUAGAAAUAGUACUAAACUCAGCCUAGGAUUUCAGGGACGUUCACAAUCACACAGGCUGUUCUUUUGAUAUUUUACAUAUAAAAUAUAAUCUGUCUUAUGCUGUGAAUUUUCAGAACACUUACCCAAUUUUAUUCUUAAAAGUCAAAGAUUGAUUUAUUUUUGACUGAAAUCUAGAUUGUCAUCAGACUCUACUAUGAUUUACUUCUGCUAUUUUUAUUUUUAUUUUAAUAGAGUUUCUACAAUAUUUUCUGACUUGAGUAGUAAGGGUGAAGAUUUGAUAAUAGUAAUAGUCUGUGUGACUUUAUGAGUGAACUAUAUGCAUUUGUAUAGUGGAUAUUUGGAUUGUUGUUUAUCAUUGAGCAUUUGGUUUAAGUUUCCAGAUUUGAGAGUGUUUCAUCAUCUGUCCAUAAUUAAAAAAAAAUGUCAAACAAUUGUCACAUGUAAAUGAUCUCAGCGUAUAUAUGUAUAGGUAGCCAAUGUAUUAUAAGUUCUUACACAACAAAGCUUUAUAAAAAAAAGAUCCGUUUUACAUUUGUAAUGAUGUGACCUUUACUGCUUUAUUGUAACCCUCGGUUAACGUAUAAAUCUUGACUUCAUAUAGUUUAGUGGAGUUACAAAUGAUAUGCGAUAUAAAAUGUGUCUUUAUUUUAAAUCAACCUAUUUCUAGGAAAAUCCACUUUGCUGGUCAGAGUAAAAAGUGUCUUUGUAAUAAUAAAUUAAAUCAUAGCUGUUUAUAUAUAUAGGUAGUGACCUAGUUUUGCAUUAAUGUGAAAGUAAGAAUUGUAAAUGUGAAAGCUAACCCUUAACAGUCAUUUGUGCAUCAAGUUUUUAUCUUGCAUUUGGGGAAAGGAGAAAAAUAUCAAAACAUUUGUAGACCAAUUUCCUUCUGUUGAAGCAUGCCCACUCCUGUUGAUGGUACAUAUGUAGUACAUGUAUAUUAUGAUAUUUAAAAUGGGCACAGAAAUUACCCGUAAUAUUUUUUAAGUGGAGCAAACUUGGUCAUAAAAACAAGUUAAAUUAACUUGGUUUUAUGAUCAAGUUAGUUCUUUCAAGAUUGAAAAGAUUAAAAAGUUUGAUAUAAAAGGUUUAAAAUUUGUUUUGUUCCGCUUGAUAUAUUGUAUAUAUUGUUUUAACUGAUGAUAUUUGCUUUUAAAACAUUCUCUAUGAAAGCGACGCUGAAAACAGGCAAGUUUUCCCCUGUAAUACAUGUUCUGUGUAUGGUGUCCUGAAUGUUGAAUGAAAAAUAUUUUAAAUGAGAUGUACCGGUAAUCUGUUACAAUGCUUUUACCAGAAUGUCUGGACGAAGUUAUACUUUGUGAAAAAAAUAUGUUACUCAUUUGAUGAAGUAGAUACUAUGUUGCAUUUUUUUUGUAUAUUUCCAUAUUUCAAAGAAAAUAACUUGAAUAUUGUAAUUUAUUUUAGUUUUAUUUGAACCUAAUCGGAAAGGCAAACGGCAUGCUUAUUAUGUGUCGGUGAAGGUGAAUGUAUUAUAACUUUGUAGUUCAGCAGAACUGAAAUACGAUAUCUGGAAUGUUACAGAAAACGAGCUUUUCAUGUCUUCUUUAAACUUAAGUUUUAUCAAAGGUACACAAAUCAACUGAUUAUUUAUUUUCCCUUAUGAGCCAUUUUUGGUUCCUGGGCAUCAAUAUUAUCUUAUUAUAUAUUUUUUUAAGAAAAAGUUUGUGAUCCCAAUGACUUUAAUAAAAAAAACAACAGAAAGAGGCAAUUUUAUGGCCUACAGAAGUUUGAAAAUUGAUUUUAAGAUUUCUUUUUGAAAAUUUGAUUUUAAGAAAUUGUUUCAAUCGCCAGUCUUCAGUCUAACUUGGGGAUCACAAAGAUGUAUGACUGUUUCUGUUGUAUUGGGUGCCUGAGCAGUGUACAGGUACUGAGCAGUGUACAGGUACUGAGCAGUGUACAGGUGCCUGAGCAGUGUACAGGUGACUGAGCAGUGUAAAGGUGAGAUUUAAAUCCUAGGAGGAUAACUGAUUUGAAUGAUGUUGAAAUUCUGUCUGUCGUGCGUCUGUGAUACCGGUUUUAGGGAUAUUAUUAGUAUUUGUACUUUUAUAUGUUAUCUAUUUUCAUUGUUAUUAUAUCAUGCUAUUCAUUUAUCAUGGUGAACUCCUCAUAUUAUUAAUUUUAUUAAUUUCAUCACCAGGAAUCCUCAGAUUUAAAGGAUAACUGUAGCAGGAAAGAGAGUAGUGUGCUUCCUCUGGGGAUUAAAACAGCAGCCCCCAACUUCUCAGUCCGCUGCUUUCUAUAAUAGGAAGCUAGAAGACGAUUGCAAUUGUAUAAAUGCCAAUGACCAUAUCGUGUAUGUAAUGUUGGUCUCACAGAAAUUGUUUACAAAUGACUCGGUGUUAUUUAAGUAGAUACCUGGUAUGAUCACAUAUUUCAUGGUACAAUAAUGGAAAGGUGGCAUAUUCCAAAUUUUAUUUUUCAGUUCUGAUGAUAUAACUGAGUAUACAUCUAGACCAUGUGAUGUUUAUUCUGUGGUAAAUCUCUCCAGUUUUGUAGUACUGGUUCACCAAUUCUGUCAUGAUCACUGCCAAUCUUAUAUGAUGUCACAGAUAAUUAUGUGCAACAUGUGCUAUGGAGAUAAAUCAUUACGUAAACAAA